AUGGAUCCCCUUAUGGUCACAACAGAAGCUGAGGUCGGCAUCCCUGCUAAGCGAUCAAAGACUACAAGCUGCUUACCUCUUCCUAGACGUCAAUUCUAUCACUCUCAAAGCGAUCAGCCAAUGACACUUGAUGAAGUACUCUCUGACCAAGAUAGCAAAAAUGAAGUCGAGGCUAAGGUUGAGGCUGAGGUUGAGGCUGAGGCUGAGGCUGAGACUGAGGCUCCAAAUCUGAGGAUUAAUGAUUCGAUGAAAGAGAAUGAAAUUAUGAAUAUAUUCAUUCAACUGUGGAACUCUUUUGUUAAAAAGAAUAGGGUUCUGGCAGAUGCUCAUAUUCCUUGGACAUGUGAAGAAUUCUCAAAAUUAUACAAAAAAGAGUUGCACGAUAACUUAAAACUUGACAUGUGCUGGCGAUUAUUCAUGAUGAAACAAUGGGAUUAUGGAAUUCUUGACGCAACCACCAUAACCAAAUGCAAUACCAUCAUCCAGAAAUAUCCUGCCACCUCAGAUAUGGAUGUUGAGAAAAAUGAUCAUAAAAGCAAUAAGAAUGAGGACAACAGAAAAACUACACAUGCAUCAGGUAGUGAAUCUAGUAUGUGUAGACACGAGGAGAAAUAUGAAAUGGAUGUGGAUGUAAAAGCUCUCAACACUGAAUCUUCACAAGUUGUGGACAGGGCCACCACCCUUUUUCAAAGGAGCUUAGGCAAAAGGCCGGUCAAACAAACACCGAAGAUGAAAGAAAUGAUAGAUACAAAACGGUAUACUUUCAUUACUCGUGGAAGUAGUAGCCGAAGAGGUCGUGGUGGUGGAGGUCGAGGUGGUCGUGGUUGCGGAGGCUCGGGCGGUCGUGAAAACCUCAUCUAG